AUGGACAGAGAUGCAUACAUACAUUCCAAUAAAGCCAAAGUAGAUUCAGUAAUUACACGAGAUAAGGAUAAAUCGAAUCGUACUGAUACUUUGGCAAAAUCUAGCAAAACAGAUAUAUCUCAAACUUCAAACCAAAAAGAUUCUGAUACCAACUUUAAAGAUAAAUAUAAUUCUGAUAAACCACCAAUCAAACUGGGCUGUGAAUAUGGUAUUGAUAAAAUCGAAUCGGAAUCAGCCAUCGUGUCCAUAUAUCCUUGUGCUGUGGAUACACUGCAGCAACAAACUAGUGCUACUGCAUUCCCAAUAAUGGGGUUUGACACGGUCCAGUCUAAAACUAUACAAGACACUCCAUAUUCAAAACGUAGUACUGAUCGCUCUUUCCAAUCAAGUACUACUGGGAUGCAAUCAAUUAUUAAAGAUAAUCAAACAGAUAGCGAUGACAACGAAUUAGAAGCAUGCACUAAAUCAUUAUCUUACUCGUAUCCUAAAUCCAAAUCGACUUUUUCGCCUACAGAAUCAGGUAAUGCAUGCAAUGACAGGUCCAAUGAUGCAGUCGAGCAACUACAUCAUACACUUGAAAACAUAUCCAAGCCAUUGAAAUCUUGCCAAACAGUACAUACAUUAAGCCUAACUUCAUCCAUGAAUCAAUCCAACAAAGUACCUGCUAUACCAACUUUAAAUUCUCUUGCGCUUCAUAAACAUCAAAUGUAUAAGCGUAGUGCAUCCAUUGGCACGAGUUUUUCAAAGUCGUACCUAGCAAGUAAAGAGUUGCUAUCACAAAGCUUUUCCGAAUCAAGGCUGUCCUGCAUUAACCAAACAAACUCCAAAUCAUUGAAUCAAAAAAAACCAAGUCGCCAAGAAAUUUUGCCAACUUCUGCUCAAAGUGAAUUACCAUUAUCAGGUAUAGUUAAAAAAGAAGAGGAUAUGUGUAAAGAAUCAAAAACCUCUAAUAGCUUAAAUUUACCCAUAGAUAUGGAUGCUGCUAAAUCUACCCCAUCGACUAGUUCUAAACGUAUAUGGCCAGCAAUUUCGUCUAUAUUGAACCAUACUAAAGAAAAGCGAUCACAAGAAAGUGUGGACUCCUCAUCUAUCGCGGGAAAACCACCAUCAAAUAAUCAUACCAAAGUAGACCACUCGACAAAAAUAAAGCCAUCAUCAAGCCAAUCCUUUCCAUAUAGUGGAGGACGAAGCCAUCAAACCUCUAAUAUAGACCGACCUACUUCAAAUUUUGCUGAUCACAAGCAACCCAUUCGUCUCCAACGCCAAUUCACUCAAGAAGAAACCAAAAAGCGAGAACGACGUGCCAUCAUGUUGUUUGAAUACAUUGCACAAUGCAAACAUGAUGAAAGGGAAGAAAAAAAGAAAAUUAUGGAUCAAUAUGUUUGUUUGCAACGAGUCAAAAUUGCAGCCGAGUCAGAAAGACUGGAAACAAAAAGAAUCACUCGAGAGAAACGAAAAUCCGAACAAAUGCAUCAGAUGAUUCGUCAGAAACGUGAUUGUCUCGAGGCAAUCCAUCAGCAAGCCUAUAAACACUUGUCACAAAAUCGUCCUACACCAACAUUGACCAAAGUGCCAAACGCGACUGAAUGCUUUGCAUUCAAUAGAUAUGAUUGUUCUGCUAAAGAGGUUACAUGUGUAUCGAAUGUCAAUGUUUCAGCACCAUAUGAAGACCCAAGUAUUGUGUCCGAGUCUGUAAAAGAUCCCGAGCAUACUAUAGAUGGACAAAAGGCAUACCAUCCAACACGUUACUCGUCUACGGUAUCAAUGAUGAGUUCCAAAUCCAUUCUUAAUAGCAACGGGUCAUUUCAAAAUCAGCAAAAAAGUUAUUCCAAAAUUAUUGUAUCAGGCCAGGAUCAACACGAAAACACUGAAAUGAGAGCCAUAAUGGGAAAUAAGCUUGAAAAUAGAAACCUUGGGCAUGAAUGCAUUUCUAGUCAAGCUUUGGAAUCAACUUCCAACAUUUCACAAAGUACUCAUGCAAAUAGACCAAACCGUUUAAUUUUGCACGAAAAGCACCAGAAAUUGUCUAAUGCACCAACUAAUUCCAAAUUGCACUCCAACUCAUCCAAGAUUGAAUUCAACCCAAACACUCCAUCCAAAUUGGCUGUUUGCAAUUCUUCACAUUUAGACUCGAGCAAAAAGCUUACCCAUCAUGGCCCGCGGCUAUUCAAAAGUAAAUUUUAUCAUAAACAAGCAUUAGAUGUCAAAGCUCUUCGAAAUCAGCAAUAUCAGUUUCAUCAUCCAAAGUAUAUAGCACAGAUACAACAUCCAACUAGCAAAGUAAAAGGAUCACUAUCGAACAUGGCCAAUUUAAAUCAAACAUCACAACUCAUGAACGAAGCAAAACCGUUCGCGACCGAACAAGAUUUUCUCGAGUUUAAGAAAAAAUAUAGUCAAUCUUAUACUUUAGAUAUUCCACCACCAGCCCCUUUAUCAACCGCCAUUGUGUCCAACACUAAAUCGCAUCAUAGACUUGCUCAAAAGCAGAUCAUGAAAGACAAUGCAGUACGACAACGAAAUAUGAUAAUGAAAUCAGCGUUUGGAAUGUCUAGUGAUUAUGAGCCAACACCAAUCGCUUUGCAACAUCACGAAAACGGAAUUUCGCAUGGAAAGUUAGGCUUUGAGACACCAGAGCCAUCAAAACCCAACGAAUCUGUUGCUAAUCUUAAAAAUAACGGAGCUGAACAGCUGAAUGAUUCGAGGUUGUCACGAUCAAAUCAAUCAAGUCAGUAUAGUCCGUCGCAUAGAUCAUCCAUGCUGCACACAGGAGGUAUGCUUUCUGAUAUAAAUGUAAACCUUGAUAGCUUAAACUCGCUCGGAAAAGACCGCUCCAUAAAUCAAUUCAUGCCAGAAGAAUUCCAACCAAAUGUAUCCAACGAUAGCUCAUCUCCAUAUUCAUCGCAGCAUAAUAAAACUCCAAAAGGCUGGGCAAUCCUUAAACAAAGCAUCAAGUUUGCUGAUAGGAAACCUGAUUUUUUACCGGAUUCUCAUUUCUCGACAUCUUCACGUUCUUUGUCAAAUGUAUCCGCUUCUGCACUGUCUUGUUUUACACCAGAACGAAGAGCAUCUUUUGUGCAUAGUGGCUCCAAUUCACCAAUGAAUCUUGAAAAAUUCAGAAACAGUGGUGAUGCAAAUGGAAAAUAUACAUAUAUUCUCAAAAGCUCAUCAUAUACCAGUAUGGACGAUGAAGCACGCGAAUUAAUAAGAGAGCAAGAACGUGUCGAGCGGCACAUUGAAGACCUUACAAUGGCUGGAUUAGCUGGUGGAAGAAGGGGUAGUAUUUACAAACAAUCUUGUAUAGCUCUUACUUCCGAUCGAAAAGGUUCUGGUACAAACUCUAUGGUAUGGCGUAGCAAGUCGGCUGGAUUGAAUGUAACCACAGUUGAAGAAAAUCAAAGCAGUCAAUCUGAAGAUAUAGUUGAAUCAAUAGAGCCCAAUGUUAAAGAUGUUGAAUCUAGCAGUCUUUUAGCUGAUAACCUGCAGGAAACUUUUAUAGAAAAUACGGAGCCUACAUCACCAGAUGAGCCAAAAUCACCCGAGUGUAUGAAGGCCAAUAUCCAAGAUUUAAACAUCGAACACGAUUGUAUAACACCAUUGCCAGUAGACCAUGACAGCCUAAACACUCUACUACACAGUUCCAUACCUAAAAACAAGAUAUCCACAUUGAAGAUCUACAAUUCUUCAAGCAGAGUCACUAGCGGACAACCCAAUAGUAUUGGUGAUCAUGAAAACGAACCCUCUGUGUCAUCAGAGCCAUUCAUGGAUAGUAUUUCCAUAUAUAGUACAGCCUAUGCCAAAAAUGAUGGCGAGUUUACUCUUUCCAAACCUAAUCUGAUACAUGAAGCAAUUCAAGAAAUAGGAUCGCAUCAAGCUUUCUGUGCACCACUUGUCGGAAUUUUAAAAAAAAAUACCGAUACUGGUCUAGCUGAACCAGACAAAUUAGAGGCCUCAAUUCAAUGCGUUUCCACUACACAAUCGUCAAACAGUGAUGUCUUUCAAAUAUCUGAAAAUAGAGCAUUGGCCGCCAACAGUUUACAUCCACUUGCAUGCCCAAAAAUGACAUGGUCGCAUUUGGGAAUGUCAGCAGUGGCAGAGUUUGGAAAAACACUUCUCCCAACAAAGUAUGUGCACGAAUUCAAGAUCCAUACAACCAGCACGAAUAUUUUAGGCGAUAUUGAUCAACCAAAUGCUCUAGAACAACAGAGACGGGUUAAACCGAAUUCAUUAUUUGCCGCCAAGGCUGCAGAAAACGAUGCAUACAUGUCAUGUCUAAAAAAGGUGGCUUCAGUAAACCUCAACUUUGAUAAAAAGCAAAAAAGUUGUUUCGACCCAUUACUAUGCAAAAGUGAUAUACUUGCUGAUCAAACAUCGGCCAACAAAAAACCACGAGCAAUACGGCCUUGGGAUGGAGUCAGGAUGAAAAUAAGCGACAUGCCUUUGGACAUUGGCUUUGAUUCGGCCACCAAUGAAAAUGGCAAGGUUAAAGAAAAACCUAGUCUUGUUCUCCAAAAUGUGCGAUUCUGGAAUCCCAAGAUUGAGUAG